AGAGAGGGGUAGCUAUCAUGGCCGCUCAGGUCGCCAGCGCUACCACUCUCAACACCAGCCCGCGUUCCGAGCUAAAAAAACCGGAUCGAGACCCAAAGGAGGAGUCGGUACCGGGGGAGAAGCAGCAGGAAAAUAAGGAGCCGGGAUUAGAGAGUGGAUCUCCGGGUCGUGGGGAGCUGCAGGACGGGGCCGAUGUUGGAAAUGCAGGGGGAGGAGGGGAGACUGAGAUGAAGAACGGCAACGGGAACCCGCCAAGGGUGAAUAAUAACCAAAAUGAUUCCGUUGGACCCGAUGGGAAUAACCACCCCGGGAUGGUACAUCACCACGCAUCCGCUUUUCCGCCACCUUCUUAUGGCUACAGUCAGCACUACGGCCGGGCCCCUUUUCAUCAACAUGGCGGACAACAAAGCCCUGGCAUGGCAGCUGCAGCGGGGCCAGGCGCGCUGUCGAGCAACAUGAUGGACCCUUAUCAGCCCAACUCUCAUGAACAUAGCUUCCCCAAUCACCAGUUUAACAACUACAGUCCAUUCCCGAACCGAACUCCGUACCCUGGCCAAGGAUACGGAAUGAACUCCCCGCGUAAUUCUCAAGCUCAAGCGGUAGGGGGGCAAUCAGCCAAGCAACAACCAGCGGGAGGAUCUACAGCUAUGGCUGCAUCUUAUAGUAAUCAGAGGUAUAAUAUGGGAAAUCCGCAGCCAACAUCAACUCCAACUCUGAACCAACUUCUAACCUCCCCAAGCUCAACAAGGGUCUACCCAAAUUACCCACCGAGCGACUACAAUAACCAGGAAGGUGCUAAUAAGGGACCAACAGACUUGGGCAGUAGUGGCCAGUAUGGUGGGGGCCAUCCGGGUUGGCAACAAAGGACCCAUCACCCGCCGCCUAUGAGCCCGGGAAGUACAGGGCAACCACUUGGUAGAAAUCAGACUCCAGCCUCUAUGGAUCAGAUGGGGAAAAUGCGAGCUCAGCCAUACGGAGGAGGCAGCCCGUACUCCCAGCAACCCCACCAAGGGCCUCCAGGAGCGCAGCAGGGGCCUGGCUAUCCAGGUCAGGGCUACGGACCCCCUGGCCCUCAGAGAUACCCCAUGGGCAUGCAGGGGCGCACCCCGGUGAGCAUGCAGUAUGGCCAGCAGAUGGCUUCAUAUGGACAGCAGGGACCAGGGGGCUAUGGGCAGCAAGGCCAGCCUCCUUAUUAUGGCCAGCCAGGCCAAGGUCCACAUUCUCAACAGCAGUCUCCAUACUCACAGCCCCCUCCUGGCCAGCCGGGCGGGCAGGUACCCUAUUCCCAGCAGUCCCACCCACCUCAGCCCUCCGGCCCACGUGGCCAGGGAGGAGCCCCUUAUCAACAGCCCCACAUGCCCCCGCAGUCUCAGGGGCCAAUGCCAGUGCCAGGUGCUCCGCAAGGCCCACCCCAGCCGCCAUACUCUCAGCCUCCGGCACCCCAGCCCAGUCAGCCACCCUAUUCCCAGCAGCAGGGGCCCCCAUCGCAGCCUCAGCAGCAGGGGAGCUCGCAGGCUCCUCCUGUGUCUCAGGCUCAGCCAAACUAUUCUCCUGGCCAAGGGCCGCAACAGCCUCCAUCACAACAGCCCAACCAGGUACCCACACCUGCUUCCCAGCAGCCCACGGGUCAUGGACAAUUACCACAAGGCCAGCCCACACCAUACUCUCAGAACCCACCGCAGCAGCAACAGCAGCAGCAGCAGCAACAACAACAACAACAACAGUCACCUUACCAGCGGUUUCCUCCUGCCCCUCAGGAGAUUUCCCAGGAGUCCUUCAGUUCCCAGUCUAGUGCCCCUUCAUCCAACCAGCCCAUGGCCUCUAGCAAGAGCGGCUCCGAGGAUGUCAGCAUGCAGGGCCGGCCUUCCAGUUUGCCUGAUCUGUCUGGCUCCAUUGAUGACCUGCCAACAGGCACUGAGGGCGCACUGAGCCCUGGUGUCAGCACGUCUGGUGUAUCCAGCAGCCAGGGCGAACAGAGUAACCCCGCCCAGUCACCCUUUUCCCCUCACACCUCUCCUCACCUGCCAGGCAUCCGCGGACCUUCGCCCUCACCCGUGGGCUCGCCUGCCAGUGCCACCCCGUCUCGCUCUGGUCCACUUUCUCCCGCCACCAUGCCAGGGAAUCAGAUGCCCCCUCGGCCUCCUAGCGUACAGUCUGAUGGAAUCUUGCACCCUUCCAUGAACCAGUCUGGCAUGGCCCAAGAGAGAGGAUUUAUGCAAAGGAACCCUCAGAUGCCCCCUUAUGGGUCUCCUCAAUCUGGGUCUGCCUUAUCACCUCGUCAGUCGCCCGGAGGCCAGAUGCUCGCUGGGAUGGGACCUUAUCAGCAGAACAACUCCAUGGGCAAUUAUGGCCCGCAGGGUGGGCAGUAUGGUCCACAAGGUUACCCUAGGCAACCAGGGUAUGGUGGAAUGCCUAAUGCCAAUUAUCCUGGUCCUGGGAUGGGUGGCUCCAUGAAUCCUAUACCUGGGCAAGGAGGAGGACCUCCGUAUGCAGGCAUGCCACCUGGCAGAAUGCCUCCGGGCCAGAUGGGUGCUCGACCCUACGGUCCCAACAUGGGCCCCAACAUGGGUCCUAACAUGGGUCCCAACAUGGCCAACAUGCCUCCACAGGUGGGCUCAGGAAUGUGCCCACCGCCAGGCCUUAACCGAAAGCCCCAGGAAGCAGGAGCCAUGCAGCAUGGAGCCACCAACUCAGUACACAACAGAAUGCCUGGUUAUCCUAACAUGUCUCCUGGUAUGAUGGGGUCGGGUCCUCCCUAUGGCCCUACUAUGAACAACAUGCCUGGCAUGAUGAACACACAGGGACCACCUUACCCUAUGGGCAGCAACAUGGCCAACAAUUCCAGUGGCAUGUCCCCAGGCCCAGAGUUUGGUCUUGAUGGUAAAUUAAACCAGGCCCAGAAGUUGAACAACAAAGUUGAAGGGACCCCCAAAACAGAAUCAAAAUCCAAGAAGUCAAGCUCUUCCACAACGACGAACGAGAAAAUCACUCGUCUGUAUGAGCUCGGCCCGGAGCCAGAGAGGAAGAUGUGGGUGGAUCGUUAUCUAGCCUUCAUCGAAGAAAAAGCCAUGGGCAUGAACAACCUGCCUGCCGUGGGCCGCAAGCCCCUCGACCUCUUCCGCCUCUACGUAUCGGUCAAGGAGAUAGGUGGUCUCACACAGGUGAACAAGAAUAAAAAAUGGCGGGAGCUUGCCACAAACCUGAAUGUUGGUACCUCAAGUAGUGCAGCCAGCUCUCUGAAGAAACAGUAUAUUCAGUGUCUGUACGCAUUUGAGUGCAAAAUCGAGCGUGGCGAAGACCCACCACCUGAUAUCAUGUCCACAGAAGGCAAAAAGAACCAGACCAAGAUUCAGCCUCCUUCUCCUGCUGGAUCUGGUUCUCUUCAGGGACCUCAGACUCCACAGUCCACCACCAGUUCCAUGGCUGAAGGAGGAGACCUGAAGCCCCCUACACCUGCAUCCACCCCACACAGUCAGAUGCCCCCUAUGACAGGGGCCAGGAGCAGUGUGAACCUGCAGGAUCCUUUUGCUGAUAGCAAUGACCCAGCCUUCUCCAGGAGAAAUGCUAUGACCCCUAACUCAGGCUAUCAGCCUGGGAUGGGCACUCCAGACAUGCCUGGGCGGAUGGGUCCUUAUGAGCCCAACAAGGACCCCUUUGGUGGCAUGAGAAAAGUUGGGGAGCAGUUCAUACCCUCUAGUCAGGGUCCAAACAGUGGACUCGGAGAACAGUAUAACCGUGGACCUCCAGGUCCCAUGGGAAGCAUGCCAAUGGGUCAGCGACAGCAGUAUCCAUAUGGUCCCGGUUAUGAUAGGAGGCCUGAGUCUGGGAUGGGCCCAGAAGGCAGCAUGGGACCUGGAGUACCACAGCCAAACCUGAUGCCUUCCAAUGCUGAUACUGGGAUGUACUCGCCAAACCGUUACCCUGCUCAGCAACAGCGACAUGAUUCCUAUGGUAAUCAGUAUCCCGGCCAGGGUCCAUCUCCUGGUGGCCCGUACCCAAAUCAGCAGCCAGGAAUGUUCCCUCAGCAACAGUCGAACUAUAAGAGGCCUGGUGAAGGAGGGUAUCCUCCUGCAAAGCGGCACCAUGAGGGUGACAUAUACAGUGGGCCAUUCAGUGGGCAGCAACAGCAGCCUCAGGUUCCUCCCUCUGGCCCGUCAACGGGUCAGCAGGACAUGUACAACCAAUACGGUGGCUCUUACCCUGGCUCAGAGCGGCGCCCACCUGGACCACAGAACCAGUUCCCCUUCCCAUUUGGUAGGGACCGUAUGCAGGCAGGGACUGGUCCCAACUCCCAGUCUGCCAUGCCGCCACAGAUGAUGAGCAGUCCCAUGCAGUCAGGCCCUGAUGGCCCUCAGGGUGGCAUGUGGCAGGGUCGCAGUGAGAUGGGUUAUCCAAAUUAUCCUCCCAGCGGGCCCACACAGGGUCCUGGCUAUCAUGGCAUUAACCGCUCCGAGGAGAUGAUGUCAUCUGAACAACGCAUGAACCACGAAGGGCAGUGGCCCGGGCCACGGCAGCCACCCUACGGUCCUGCUGGGGCUGGCCCGACCAUGAACCGAGCGCUGCAGUCUAACUACCAGUCUCCCCAAACCAUGCAGAACCACAUUCCACAGGUGUCCAGCCCCACACCCAUGCCCCGUAACAUGGAAAACAGGACUUCUCCUAGCAAAUCUCCUUACAUGCAACACAGUAACAUAAAGAUGCAAAAGGCAGGCCCCCCAGUCCCUGCGUCACACAUUGUUCCUCCCCCGGUACAACCUCCAUUGAUCAGACGGGAUCUUCCUUUUCCUCCGGGCUCUGUAGAAGCCUCCCAGCCAGUCCUGAAACCACGCAGACGGCUCACCAUGAAAGAUAUUGGCACACCAGAAGCAUGGAGAGUUAUGAUGUCUCUGAAAUCGGGUUUACUGGCUGAAAGCACAUGGGCUUUGGACACCAUUAACAUUCUGCUGUAUGAUGACAACAGUAUUUCUACUUUCAACCUCUGUCAGCUUCCUGGUUUCUUGGAACUGAUAGUUGAGUACUUCCGGCGCUGCCUCAUCGAGAUCUUCGGCAUCCUGAAGGAGUAUGAAGUUGGUGAUCCUGGUCAGAGAACCUUGUUGGACCCAAAUGCUCUCAAAGAGGAGAAUUGCGCAGAUGAGGAUGAAACGCUAGUGGAUGGCAUGGAGGAGGAUGGAGAGACGGAGGAAGAAGAUGAAGAGGAGCAUUCAUCAUCACGACAGCAAACACGAGUCACAGAGGGGCACAUAAAAGACGAUAAACAGAAGUCAGGUGGUGACUCGCAGGUGAAAACAGAAGACGGCAAAGUAAAGGAGGCCCUUUCAUCUGAAGAGCACAGUUCAUCAGAACCACCCUCCACAGAUCCCGCCGCUUCCCAGAAGAAGCCCAAACAGGCAAGCAAGUUUGAUAAGCUUCCAUUGAAAGUGGUACGGAAGAAGGACCCAUUUGUAGUGGACUGCUCGAGCAGACUAGGCCGGCUGCAAGAGUUUGACAGUGGCUUGGUGCAUUGGAGUGUUGGUGGGGGAGAUACGACAGAGCACAUCCAGACCCACUUUGAGAGUAAGAUGGAUCUGCUGGAGCCACAGGAACGACCACUACCCAGUCAGACAUCUGAACAGAGGAAACCACCGAGGGAAGAGAGGGAGACACCAACGUCUUCAGGAUCUUCAUCCGCUACGGAGAAAAAAGAAGAACAGAAGAAUUCACAGCCAGCAGCUGCAGAAAAGGUGGUUGAUGCCGCUUCGGAGCCAAGGGAUGAGAAUAACUGCCCAGCCUCUGAAGACGCGUCACAGAAAGAGAAAGACAAGGAAGAGUCAGAGAAAACAAAACCAGAGGUCAAGCCCCCACCCUCCAAUAGUGGCUCUACUCUGCCAAGUCAAAGGAACUUCACCAUUUUAGAGGAUGAGCCACAUAGCAAGGAUGAAGCUCCACUCAUCACAAUCUCUGAUUGGCAAGACUCGCUUUCCCGUCGCUGCAUAUGUGUUUCCAACAUUGUCCGCAGCUUGUCCUUUGUCCCUGGUAAUGACCUGGAAAUGUCCAAACAUCCAGGCCUUCUACUGCUGCUGGGCCGUCUGGUGUUGCUGCACCAUCGGCACCCUGAACGUAAGCAAGCACCUCUCACAUACGAAAAGGAAGAGGAGGCUGAUGAGGGCAUGGGCAACAACAGGGAUGAGUGGUGGUGGGACUGUUUGGAGCUGCUGCGUGAGAACUGCCUUGUGACCUUGGCCAACAUCUCGGGCCAGUUGGACCUCUCUAUCUACACUGAGAGCAUCUGCUUGCCUCUGUUAGACGGCCUACUCCACUGGGCUGUCUGCCCCUCAGCUGAGGCCCAGGAUCCCUUCCCCACGUUGGGGCUGAACGGAGCUCUGUCCCCUCAGAGACUGGUCCUAGAGACACUUAGCAAGCUCAGCAUCCAGGACAAUAAUGUGGACCUUAUUCUGGCGACACCUCCCUUCAGCCGCCUGGAGAAGCUGUUUGGGAACCUGGUGCGCCUCGUUGGGGAGCGGAAGGUGCCUGUCUGCAGGGAGAUGGCAGUUGUGCUGCUUGCAAACCUUGCCCAAGGCGACAGUCUUGCGGCUCGUGCCAUCGCGGUGCAGAAGGGCAGUGUUGGAAACCUUUUGGGCUUCCUUGAGGAUAGCUUAGCUGCCACACAGUUUCAGCAGAGUCAGGGAUCUCUGCUUUCCAUGCAGGGGGCGCCGUUUGAACCCACCAGUGUGGAUAUGAUGCGACGGGCAGCACGAGCUUUGCAUGCCCUAGCCAGGGUGGAGGAGAACCACUCGGAGUUCACGCUCUAUGAAUCACGGCUACUGGACCUCUCCGUCUCUCCCCUAAUGAACUCAGUGGUGUCCCAUGUCAUCUGUGAUGUACUCUUUUUGAUUGGCCAGUCAUGACAGCUGUGGGGAGCGAUAGCUCCACCUUCUCUGGUUUUCAUUCCCUCCCUGUCUCCUGUUCCUACUGGUACAUUUGUGGUGUGUGGAGAAUGAAAAGUAGAGAAAAGUGACUGCCCCCCCCCUCUUUUUUUUUUUUUGUUAAUUUAUGCAAGCCCCUUCAGAUUCCACCCUCUGACCCUUUUCGCUGCGUUUCACUUUGGGAAGGAUGUCACAAUUUAACUGUGGAUUGUGAACCAGAGGCUCGGCAAACUGACAAUGACUGAACUUCAUGCCAACCAGAUGACAUGGACAUAAACCCCAGAUUUUGUGUGCU